AUGAGUUUAAACUUAGCUUCCUUGAAGGAUAAAAUAUCCAGCAAGUUAAGUCAGCAAAAUGACAAGAAGAAAAGUAAUUCCAAGAAGGAUAAGAAGAAGAGUACUCAGGCAAACAAUAAUGAUGUAAAGAGUGAUAAUAAGAAGAAAGAAACUAAAGAAUCAGAAAAUGAAGGUGAUGUUUUACGUCGUGAAGCUUUAGCCUUAGGUGCAACUGAAGAAGAUUUGAAAUUAUUAGAAGGAAUUGAAAGUGACGAUGAGAAAAGUGAACAAGAAUUUGAAGUUGAUGAUACUAAAUUGGAUAAAUCUUUCAAUAACGAUUUGAGUAAAUUUAUGCAAGGAAUUGGAUUGGGUGACGGUGAAGCCAUUGUCGUAAGUGACGAAGAAGAAGAAGAAGUUCCUGAAUUAGUCGAUGAAGAUCAAGAAGAUGAAGAGGAAGAAGAGGAAGAAAAUGAAGACAACAUUGAAGAAGAUAAAGAAGAAUCUGAAGUUGAAGAAGAAUCUGAAGAAGAAGAAGAAAGUGAAUCCGACUCCGACUCUGACUCUGACUCCGAAUCAGAAUCAGAAUCAGAAUCAGAAAGCAAAGUUUUAUUUAAAGAAGUUGAAGUUGAUAACAAAAAAUCUAAAGAACAAGAACCAGACAAAGUUACUGAUCUUUCAUCUGUUUCGAGCUCAAAAUUAAUUGUUCCAAAUCGUACUGAUUGGUUUAACAUUGUUGAAGUUCCUGCUGAAACACCAAUGAAAUUAGAUAGAUUUGCCAGAGAAAGAUUAUUAGAUAGAGCUAAAUCUACCAUUGAAAAAGACAACAAGACUUAUUUAGAAGAAUUUGCAUCUAAUACUUCACAAAAGAAGUUCUUGUCUCAAAUUUUAUCUGAUGGUACUUUGAACGAUAAAAUUUCUGCUUUAACAUUAUUGAUUCAAGAAGCUCCAUUACAUAAUAUGAAAGCCAUGGACACUUUAUUAGGAUAUUGUGAUAAGAAAUCAAGAACAGCUGCAUUACAAUCUAUUGCUGCGUUGAAAGAUUUGUUGAUUAACAGUUUAUUACCAGAUCGUAAAUUGUUCACUUUUGAUAAGCAACCAUUAACCAAAGAAGAUUCAGAUUUAAAAUUAGCUAUUUAUUAUUAUGAAGAUUACUUGAAAGGAGUUUACUUUAAAUUAAUUCAAAUAUUGGAAAAAUUAUCUCAAGAUCCUAUUGUACAUGUUAGAAUGACUGUCACUAAUCAUAUUUUCGAUUUAUUGAGUGCAAAACCGGAACAAGAAGUUAAUUUGUUGAAAUUAGGUGUUAAUAAAUUGGGUGAUAUUGAUAAUAAAGUUUCCGCUAAAGCUUCCUACUUGAUUUUACAAUUAGAGCAAGCCCAUCCUGCUAUGAAACAAAUUGUUACUGAUUCCGUAAUUGAUGUUAUCUUUCAAAGUAAUGACGAUGGUCAUGCCAAAUAUUAUGGUGUUACAACUUUGAAUCAAACAAUUUUGACCAGAAAAGAACAUGAAUUGGCCAAUUCUUUGAUUAAAACCUAUUUUGCAUUAUUUGAAAAGACUUUAGUGGAAAGUGAUGGAAUCAACAAAGAAUCAAAUAAAGACAAGUCAAUUGGAGAAUCACAAAGAGGAAGAAAAAACAACCGUAAGAAUUUCAAAAAGGGUAAAAAAGGUGGUAAAUCAGUUAAAGUUGAAGAAAAAUCCGAGAAAGAAAUCAUCGAAGAAAAGAAUGCUAAAUUGUUUUCUGCAUUACUUACUGGUUUGAAUCGUGCUUUCCCAUUUUCUCAAUUACCUAAUGAUGUUUUCCAAAAUCAUUUGGAUACCUUGUUCAAGAUUACUCACAGUAGUAAUUUCAACACUUCCAUUCAAGCUUUAGUAUUGGUCAAUCACAUUGUUUCUGAGCAAGGAUUGAAUUCCGACAGAUAUUAUAGAACAUUGUAUGAGUCAUUAUUGGAUCCAAGAUUGGCCAAUUCAUCUAAACAAGGUAUUUAUUUGAACUUAUUAUUCAAAUCGUUAAAGAAUGAUAUCAACAACAAAUCAAGAGUUUUGGCAUUUGUGAAGAGAAUGUUACAAAUUUGUUCCCAUUGGUUGAAUGUUGGUGCUAUUUCUGGUAUGUUAUACUUAAUGACUGAAUUAUCCAAGACCAUUCCUGAAAUUUCUGAUUUGUUAAUUGAUGUUGCCUCUAGACCAGAAGAAGAGAAUGAUGAAGAAGAACAAGCCGAAAAGGAGAAACAAGAAAAACACACUUCUGCCGAUGAAGACUAUGAUCCAAGAAAACGUGAUCCUAAAUUUGCCAAUGCUGAUAAAUCAUCAUUAUGGGAAAUUGGUCAAUUUGUUAACCACUACCAUCCAACAGUUUCUAUUUACGCAUCUUCCUUCAUUGAUGGCUCUAAACAAGCCAAACCAGAUUUAGGAUUAUACACAUUGUCCCAUUUCUUGGAUCGUUUUGUUUAUAAAAAUGCUAAACAAAAGCCGCAAACCAAAGGGUCCUCUAUUAUGCAACCUUUGGGUGGUGCUCAUACUGGAUCAUUAUUAGUUAAAGCUACAAACUUGUUAGAUACUGAUAUUCCCGUCAACACUGAAAAUUGGCUCAAUAAGAAGAUUGAUGAUAUCAAACCAGAUGAAAAAUUCUUCCAUCAAUAUUUCACUACUAAAGUAAACAAGAUUAGAACAAAGAAAGACACCAAAGAUAAAGGUGACGGUGAAAAUGAAGAUGAUGAUGAAGAAGAAGAGGAAGAUGAAGGAGAAAUUUGGGAAGCAUUAACCAAAUCAGGUGUUGAAGAUGAUUUGAAUGAUGAUUUGGAUGAUGGUUUCGAAGAUGACUUAGAUAUGGAAGACUUUAUGUCCGACUCGGGCUCAGACGAAGAAGAAGGUGAACAAGGCGAAGAAGGAAGCGAUGAUGAUGGUGCUGUAUUCAAAGAUGCAGAAGAUUUCGAUGAUGCCGAAGAUGUUUUCCAAAAUGCUUCUGAUUUUGAUGAAGCAGAUUUAAGUUUAGGUGAUGAUGAUGAAGAAGAAGAGGAAGAGGAAGAAGAACAACCAGCUCCUAAGAAACGUAAAUUGUCUAAAAAGAAUACAUAA